GCAUGCAACACAACCAAGAGUUGGUCUUCAAGUUGAGAGAAGUCAACUUAGGCGUUUCAUAUAAAGCUAUAUAUAUUUUUUUGCCCGUUGAUUAACACGAAAGGGAACCAUGGUUAUGUUGAAGAUUUCUGCUUUCCUUGUUGCUUAUGCCCUGGUCAUUUGCCAGAUGUACAGCUCACAAGCAGCCCCCUCCAGACCGGGCAUAGAGUCCAUGACAGACCGAGUCACCCUUACGGACUACGAGGCAAGGAGGUUACUCAACGCCAUAGUCAAGGAGUUUGUGCAGAUGACAGCGGAAGAGCUGGAGCAGCAAGAGAAUGAAGGCAACGAAGGCAAUAGCAGCGUUACAGCACAGAAGCGAGCCUGCAACACGGCCACCUGCGUGACUCAUCGCCUGGCAGACUUCCUGAGCCGGUCGGGGGGCAUGGGCAACAGUAACUUUGUCCCCACCAAUGUGGGCUCCAAGGCUUUCGGCCGGCGGAGGAGAAACACCCAGAUGUGAACAUUCCGACAACCUUCAGGGAUACGAGGUUGAUCCUUCUUAACGCGAUGACAUCAGAACAUAUCUGGGGGGGAAACAACAAAACAAACAAAGAGAAAAAACACACUGGCCCCUUCAUCCACUCCACCACAUCCACAGAAAUAAACCCCUUCCGAUAUUAGGACUCCUCCUCUCAAUACCAUAAUGUUAUGAAACUUUAAUUUAGCUUUUGGCAAACCAGAGAAAAAAAAGGGGGAGAAUGACAGCAACCUCCAUUAUGUACAUUGACAGCUGAAUCCCCAAAUCCCAAAGAAAAUUUCCAGAUUCCUUUUUUUUUUAUUACAUGAAAUUCAUUUAAAAUGAAUUGGAAAAAAGCACCAGUGCUUAUUUAUUAUGAUUUAUUCUGUCUAUAGAGCACAUUUGUACCAUGUGAGCCAUUCUCCCCGUCACUCAUCCCUCACUGUCCCCACCGGCACCUGUUUGCUGUGCCGUGCCCUGCAGGGAUCGACAUUAAAGAUCAGCCUUCCCUAGGCUCCCUCACAACGGCUGUGUCUUGUGCCUUGAUGUAAAACACUUUACAUCACAUGACUGUAUAGUAUGUAUCAAGAUUAUAAGAAGACCAUGAAGAGAAAGACACCGGAAAAAAAUAUAUUCAAGAGAUUAAUAUUGUAACAAUUGUGAAUUUCAGCAAGAUUAAAAUGUAUUUUAGAUACAUUCGGGUUUGGGGUACUUGUGUUGUUCUUCAAGGUUUAACGAAGUAUUUAGGCGAAGAGAGAAACGUUGUGUUGUUGAUCUUUUUUUUCACCUUUACUGUACAUGCGAUGAGUAGCUUUCAGACCAUGCCGAUUUCUCCUGAACUCUCAUGGACUCUCCUGAACUCGUGAAUGCAUUGGUCUCACUGUGUGACACACGUUGGGAAUUCGACAGCACAGAAAUCUGUCCAAACUAGUUCAGUCCAAACCACUCACACUGUUUUAAACAUACUGUACACAACUUAUGCAAAUGGUCCUGUGACACAUCCAUUUCCAUACAAAAGACAAACCUUUCAUAGUAAAUCCCAAAAAUGGAAACCAAUAAUACUAGGUUGAAGAUAACAUGAACACAUUCAUAUGAGUUUGAAUAAGAAAAUACAACUAUAAAAUAAGAGACAAUUAGAAAUGAAUUGCUCAAUAAAAUCAGCAAAACCUUAA